AACCCAAAUUCCUACCACGACCGCCUACUGCCUUUGCGAGUUGCGACCCUCAGGCGCCGCCGUCGCAACGACCCACCAGACCCUCUCUCCGCCGCCUCCAACCUAGUGCUCCGGCGAGCUUGCCGGCGGAGGAGCGAUGGGUGAGCGGAAGGUGCUGAACAAGUACUACCCGCCGGAUUUCGACCCGGCGAAGAUCCCGCGGCGGAAGCAGCCCAAGAACAAGCAGAUCACCGUGCGCAUGAUGCUUCCCAUGAGCAUCCGCUGUGGCACUUGCGGGACCUACAUCUACAAGGGCACCAAGUUCAACUCGCGCAAGGAGGACUGCAUCGGCGAGACAUACUUGGGCAUACAACUAUUUAGGUUUUACUUCAAGUGUACUAGGUGCUCAGCUGAGAUGACCUUCAAAACAGACCCUCAGAAUUCAGAUUACACGGUGGAAUCUGGGGCUAGUCGCAAUUUUGAACCUUGGCGUAAAGAGGAUGAGGUCGUGGACAAAGAGAAGAGAAAACGAGAAGCGGAGGAGAUGGGCGAUGCAAUGAAAGCACUGGAGAACAGAGCAAUGGAUUCAAAGCAGGACAUGGACAUACUUGCUGCUUUAGAAGAAAUGCGGUCUAUGAAGUCUAGACAUGCUGGAGUCUCCGUUGACCAGAUGCUUGAAAUUUUGAAACAUUCCGCUCAUCAGAAGGAGGAAAAAACCGUAGCAGAACUAGAUGAAGAAGACGAAGAACUUAUCAAAUCAAUCACUUUUCGAAACUCGAAAGAUUAUGUUAAACGGAUCGAAGACGAUGAUGACGAUGAUGAAGAUUUUGGUAUACCAGGACAGCCAAGUGUCAUGUCAAAGAUCAAUGGAUCUUCUGAAUCAGUGUUAAAUCCAACAGAUGUAUUGACCAAAGCUAAUGGACCUGAGAAUGCCAGUAAAGAAGGAAACACGAGCUUUGCAUCUAAGAUGCCCAAAUUCAUAGUAAAACCAAAGCCCGGUGCUGCAAAUCCUCAGAAGAAACAGAAGACUGAAUCCACAGCUGUCCAAGAUAAGGGCAAAGCACCGGCUGCCGAGGAAAAAAAUGAAGCUUCAGAAGGGAAGAAGACCAAUGUUCUUCAGUCCCUCUGCCAGUAUGAUAGCGACGAAAGUGAUUGACUGAAGACAACUCUUCUUGGAGUCAUAACUGCGCUGGAGUAUACAAGCCCCUGCCUGGAACACGAUCGUGUAACCCAAGCUUGUGAAUUGUCUCCUCCCGCAAAGUCUCUGCUGGCAAAUGUAAGUCCGUCGUGCUGAAAAUCCGUGCCAGCUAAUUUAGUCCAGAGACUCCAGAUCUGUUGACAAUUUGAAGGCUUGGUUCCCAGAAGCAGCAUUGAGAUUAUUGUUGUAUUCAUGUCUUCUGUACAGUUUAUGUAAAUCAUGGAGCAUUCAUUAAUCAUUCAUCUGUGUCUGACGAUA